AUGAUGAACUUUAACAAGUCAUCACCAGCCAACUCACCCUCCUCCUCGUCCAAGUCCAAAAGAAAGCAGCCACUAGAAAACCAACAGCAACAACAAGGUCAAGGAGAAACGAGGUUUCUCGGGGUAAGAAGAAGGCCGUGGGGAAGAUACGCUGCAGAGAUAAGAGACCCUUCCACCAAAGAGAGGCAUUGGCUCGGCACCUUCGACACUGCCGAGGAGGCCGCCUUGGCCUACGACCGCGCUGCUCGCUCCAUGCGUGGUUCCAAGGCCCGCACCAACUUCGUUUACUCUGACAUGCCACGUGGCUCUUCUGUCACCUCUAUCAUCUCCCCCGACGAAUCACACCACGACAUCUCCGCCCUCUUCGCUCCCCAACAGCAGCAAAAUGAUCAUACGGAUACCCACUCCGCCACCCACCUGUUCUUCGGCCAGGACCCUUUCUUCGAUGCUGCCGCGUGUCCUUUUUCAGCCGGGGACGGCUGGGCUCAUCAGGGGACUGCAACCGUCGGGUCUAAUUACCAGCCCAUUACGGGUAUUAUGGAUGGUGGGCUGCCACAGUCACAGUCACAGUCACAGUCACAAUCACAGCCACAGCCACACAGUUACUCUUACUCAUCCCAAUCCCAAGACCCUGAGCUUCCACCUUUGCCUCCGGACGCAUCCAGUUUCUAUGGGUCUGGAGUGGCGGGCUCAGAUAUGGGCCAAGGAGUUUGGAAUGAGAGCAGCUUCUUCGGGUUCUCUGAACAAAUUAGUUCAAAUGAGCUAGAAUCAGUAGUUAGUGGGCCACAUGUGGGCUUCGAUUCUAGUGAGUUUGUGCAGCACAGCCCACUGUUUGGGAGGAUGCCACCUGUUCCAGACACAAGUACGGAUGGAUUGGAUUUGGGCUCGCCAUCUGUGUUCUACUAUUAAAUUAAA